AUGGAGAUGGAAGAAGAGAAGGAUCUACCUCUGCUAUUGGGAACCCCAUUCCUUAGCACAGUUGGCGCUUCAAUAGACUUUCACAAGCAAGAAGUGAUUCUUCACAAGGUGAAUAGUUUGGUGUCUAUCGCUUGCAGCCUAGAGGAUCAGACUUUUGUGCCACAAUUGAAAGCAACUCUCAGUUCCAAGCCUCAUGAAGUUACAAAGGUUGUGAAGGAAAGGGUUGACAAAGAACCAAGAGUUGUGAGAGAUAAGGUUGAGAAGGACAAAGGAGUUGAUAAGGGACCAAGGAUUGAGAAGCCACGCCUUGAGAGGCCUAGAGUUGAGAGACCACGAUCUGAAGGCCACGAGCUGAUAGACUUGUUCAAGCACCUUGUGUGCUUGAUGAAGGAAAGCCUUCAAGCUUUGUUUGAUGAGCCACUAGGAAGGCUCAAAAAGAAGGGGAGGAUGCAGCCUCAAAGGCACUUGUGGGGAGAAAAGAAAGAUCCCACCAGCUCAGGUUUCCUCACCAAGCCAUCUCAGCUCACUAUGACCUUGUUCCCCACCAAGUUUGAAAAUGGGAAGAUUGAGUACAAGAUAAGGUACAAGGGGAGAUCAAGACCAUUCUCUAGAGCCAAGGCCUUGGUCACUUCAGAACAGUCCAGGGACCCAACCAAGCUAAAGGAGCUUCUAUCUCAAGUCCUCACUAUCACCCUUGAUGGUGGGACUAGCUCAACCAAUGCCUAA